GUGGAAUCCUCAGCCUAGUGAAACAGUCCUCGGAGCCAAAUAGAGCUCAUGUCAAUACGCUACAGAGCAGACAGCCCCAUAGUAGGCAAGUUUAGAACUUAUUCUAGCACACACCAAACACGUGAACUAAAAGAUUAAUCAAAAGGGAAAACACAACAGCAACAUAUUUCUUAAUUCUUGAUCACAGUCACUCAUCAGGAUUAUUAGAAACAAAUAUAUGUUUUCAUUCCUACCCUUCUGGAAUGAAGACUGGGACCUUUUGCAAAGACGCCAAGUUGAAAGCAGCAAAGCCUUUGGAUUCUUCUGACCAUCUUCCUCAACAAGAGCAGUAAGCAGCAUCUUUAGAAUUAUCCUCUAAAGACAGCUGGUAAUCUCCUCUCACCUGAGACAAGCAGGAGCAGCGUCUCCACCUCCAGCUACUCUGUCUCCAGACAGCCAGAACACCGGCAGCACCAGUACCAUGGCUGCAGCCAAGACAGAGAUGCUCCUCUCAGCUCUGCAGACAUCAGACCCACUAGGCUUCCCCUACUCUCCCAUGGACAGCUACCCCAAGCUGGAGGAGCUGAUGUUGCUCCACUCAGCAGGGACCACAUUCCUGGCUGCCUCCACACCAGAAGGUGUAGGCUUUGGGACCGGGGAAACAGGAGACUCAUACGAACAUCUGAAUGGAGAUACAUUACCUGACAUCUCUAUCGGCUGUGACAAGUCUUUCAUCGACCAGACCUACUCAACCCCUCGCCUGCCCUCCAUCUCCUACACAGGGAGGUUCACCCUGGAGCCUGCAACCAGCUGCAGCAACAGCCUGUGGGCAGAGCCAUUAUACAGCCUGGUCAGUGGGCUGAUAGGCAUGUCCCAACCGCCCACCUCAGUUGCCCCGUGCUCCUCUGCUGCUCCGGUCAGCUCCUCCUCACACACCAUGAGCUGCUCUGUCCAAGUUGGUGAUUCCAACCCCAUCUACUCAGCUGCACCCACUUAUUCUAGUGUUAGCCCUAACCUCUUCCCUGACUCUAACCAGUCCUUCCCCAGCCCGUCAAACACCUCAGUCCAGUACCCACCACCCACCUACACCAGCAGCAAGACCUGUUCCUCCAACAUGGCUCUGCCCAUGAUCCCAGACUACAUGUUCCCCCAGCAGCAGGGUGAGAUCAGCCUGCUUCCCCCCGACCAGAAGCCUUUCCAGUCUCAGAGCAUCCAGCAGCAGCUCUCCCUCACACCCCUGUCCACCAUCAAGGCUUUCGCCACACAGACUGGCUCUCAGGAUCGUAAAGGUUCCUACCAGUCUCCGCCAGUUAAGCCCAACCGCGUGUGCAAGUACCCCAACCGCCAGUGCAAGACCCCGCCCCACGAGCGCCCCUACGCCUGCCCCGUGGAGACGUGCGACCGCCGUUUCUCCCGCUCAGAUGAGCUGACACGCCACAUCCGCAUCCACACGGGCCAGAGACCCUUCCAGUGCCGCAUCUGCAUGCGCAACUUCAGCCGCAGCGAUCACCUGACCACACACAUCCGCACGCACACCGGCGAGAAGCCCUUCGCCUGCGACAUCUGCGGCCGCAAGUUUGCCCGCAGUGAUGAGCGCAAAAGGCACACCAAGAUCCACCUGAGGCAGGCAAAGGAUAGAAAGGUGGAGAAGGCAGGGCCCACCCCCAUGGCCAUCCCCUCCCCAGUCUCAGGGUACUCCUCCCCCUCCACAUCAUACCCCUCUCCUAACUCCUCUUACUCAUCUCCAGUGCUGUCUUCAUACCCCUCCCCAGCACCCUCCUGCUAUUCCUCCCCAGUGCACAGCUCUUAUGGCUCCCCAUCAGUCAACACCAUGUACUCCUCAGCCUCCAGUACAUUUCAGACACAGGUUUCCACCUCAUACGGCUCCCCCACAAACAUUUACAUCUCCCAAGUGGGCACUCCUCAGUCAAAACUGCAGUCCACACUCUCUCCAAAAAACAUUGAUAUCUGCUAAGACUUUCAAAUCUUUAAUUAUCAUUUAUUUUUAUUUUAGAAGAGAAGAAGGAAACAACAUUGUUACCUUUUCAAAUGCACUUUUACUCCCUCCGUGUCCAUACAGCGAUUAAAGAUCAUGAAACAUGACAGAGAGAGAUGGCUGAGGAUAGAAAGGGAACUGUUUCUCUCUUCAACUCAACCUCAGUACUUCAAUGAGUUUUCAGAGAUCUAAAGAACAUAGAAUAUUGGACUUUGGUGGUACCUUUGAUACUGACAACCUGAAAUUCAAAACGACUGAUGGGUUCGCAAACAGCCCCAUGUAUAGUGUACAUGUGCCAUGUUUCAUUUUUCAUCCUUUUAGACCUAAUUAGACUUACUUAGACUUACUUUUAGACUUAUUAGACUUAUUUAGAAUUACUUGGACUUGUUAUCGUUCUUUACAUGGUAUCAUUUGAACUUGAUGGCACCAUGUUUCUCUGAAUAUAUUUUUAUCUUGUAGUAACAAUGUGUGACAACUUUAUUGGGGAAGAACAAUUAAGUAUUUGAGCAUGUUAACUGUAACACUGGCAUUUGUUUCUAUCAUUUGUAUAUAUCACCCACUUGUACUAUCUCCCAUGUUGUUUUUUUAUCACCAUGAAAUAAUGAACAUUCUUCAUUAUAAACGUUUUGGUGGCUUUUUUGAAGCUUAGCAAACAAAACUAUGUUUUGUUUAUCACUCUGUGAUUAGUAGCCUUAAGGUGUGAAGUGUAUUUUUUUAUGGAAUGUAAGAGCGAUUUUAAGUUGCAAUUUGGAGGAAGCUGAGGUCACGGAUUACACAAGAAUGUAAGCAAAAUAAUAUAUAUUUUUAUAACUGAACUGUAAAUACAGUAUGUACGCAUUCAGGAGUCAACAUGUUGUUCUUACCUACUGAGUAGGCAUUGGAUUUUUGUAUGUUAUUUACAUGCAGUUCAUUAUUGUGUGGUUAUUUUUAUUUGUUGUUGUGUUUGUGAAAGCAAAUGACUGUUUUUGGCUACUUAAGGCAUUGAAUGCGCUUAACUGCCAAAGAUAUUUGGUGUACAUGAUAUCCUUCAAGAACAGGGAUAUUAAUAAAAUAUCAAUAUAUUACGAUAAAAUGUAGGUUUUUUUCCCCCCUGUUUUCUCAAUCAAUAUUUUCCCCACUCUACCGGAGACAUACAUUUAAAGGAAACAUCAAAGCACACAUUUAUUUUAGUUAUUGAAAAUAACAUCAAUCAAUUUAAACUGAAGAAUAGAGCAUUAGGGUUAUGGCAGAAUGUGACAUUUUAUGUCCAAUACCAUCAUACUAUUUACUGAGCAGUAGCAGAAAUGGCAAAGUGGCGGCCCUCUUCUCCUCCCUCUCUAUCUGAGAGGAAUCAGACUGAGUGCUGCCGUAAGGAGUGAGAUGUGUGUCUCCCUCAUCUGUGGCUCCUUGGACUGUUGUCUCAGCAACCGACUUCCCUGACACUGGGUGUAUCCCAAAUUGUACCAUAUUCCCAAAGGGCCCUGGUCAAAAGUAAGUAGUGCUCUGUAAGGAAAAGUGUGCAAUUUGGGAUACAUCAGGUGUCAUGACAGCAAAACUGUCUCAGGCCUCUCUCUGCUGCCAAGCCUCAGUCAACUCUCACACUCGCUCUGUCAGCUCAUGGCUCCCAUGUUUGAUGUUGUUAGCCAUGUUAAAGUGUUGUUGGUGUCGCUUUAACGAUGCCUGUAAUAAAAGCUUUGUUGUUUCUGCCGAA